AUGUCGCCGUCAGCGCGGGAGGUGGAGGAAGUUGUACUAUCUGCUGUGAGGAGAGGGGAGUGGGCUCACGCCGCCAAUCUACUAGCUGGAGCGGCGCAGCUGCGGUGCGUCCCUACCAUUCGGACAUAUGCUGAGGUGAUAGCCGCAAACUCAUUGAAUGGUACAUGGGAGGACGCUGUGCGCGUUGUUGACCUUCUACAGAGCAGUCCACUUUCCAGCCGUGCUCUCCUGUGCACAGCCGCUGAUGCGCUCCUCAUGAAACCCAGUGUCUGUGCAACAGAGAAGCUUUUUUCAAUUAUCCUCGCGGCUCGUCGCCGCCGCGUGCAGAUGGAAGUUCGCCACCAGGUUCAAUGUAGUCGUCUGCUUGUGGAGGCAGGAGACUGGCAGCGUGCACUUACGUUAGGGGCGUAUGGGCGACCCGUCAGACAAAUCCCUGCAUUAGCGUCCCCAAUGAUGCUUGCUGCAGCCACUGGCCGGCGGUGGAUGGAAGGAUCGAGGAUCAUGGCUGACUUACUUAUCUCGGGAACCGUCCCAGGCGCAGAUGUUGCAAAAAAUUACAUCCGCUGCUUCACACCCACAGGACCAUGGUGGCGCGCACUUGCAGUAGUGUCGGUAUUAGUCUGUAGUAGUGACGCUGGUGUAACUGCCGCAGCGCGCGGUCUUCUCAGGGAAGUAAGGAGCGGAGUGGGCGAAGCGGAACUCGCUGCGAAAAAGGCGAGGUAUCAGACAGUUUUACGCCUUGUUGAGCGUCGUGGACCGUUGAAUGACGUCUCCGUGGAGGAAGCAUCUUAUGUAUUGAACGCGUUGGGUGAAGAGCGGUGGGAAGAAGCCCUUGGUAUCAUUCGUGCGUUCCCGUCGUUGUUAAGUUUUACACCCCGACCACGUGCCGUCCUGUUGCCCACGGCUGUACAUAAAACCCAGGCGGGUUGCUACAAGCACUGGGAGUUCGUAUGGAAGGUGCUUUCUUCAGGUUUUAGUAGUAACUCUGCAGAGCACGUCUUCGGCGCGGCCACCUGCUUUGCGUCGUAUGUGUCGUCUGCUUGCAGGGCGGGUGAGGAGCAGUCGGAGUGUAUGCGAGAAGUGGAACUCAUGGGGAACAGUAUGAGUUCUUCAAUAGUGGACUACCGUGCCCUUGGGGGUGGACUUCCAGAGUACGAUGUCCUUAACUCCUUCGUACGCGCUUCCUGUGCAUGCGGAUGGUGGAAGGAUGCUCUUCUGCUUUCCGAACGCCGGGCUGUUGUGCUCCGGGAACUUCUAGAGGUCGGGCCAUGGCAGGCAGCACUCGCAGUAUACGAAGGGAUGCCACCAAGCGCCCGGGAGCGUAUGGGACCUAAGCUUGAAUACCUGUUCAUCUCCAGAGGGCUCUGGGUGCCCGCACUACAGUACGCACAGCAACGUCUCCCGCGGGAUACGCUACCGCUCCGCAACCUUUCUAUACCUCUCUGUGCAGCCCUUGGUCAGUGGGGCCGAACGCUGCAUCUGUUGGAUCGCUACGUUAGCUUGCCCACCGACACGGAGAAAAUAUUGAGGAAGAAAUGUAUCACGAAGGAUGCUGAGGAUUCGGUGCGUGCCGCCUGUGAAGCCGGUGACUGGGUGAGGGCACUCCGGGCCUGGUCACGGGUUUAUUCAGUACCUCGCAGGCAAAGACAACCCGUCUUAGAUGAAAGUAGGAGACGUUUUGAAAUGGUGCCUGAGGUUGUGAAACAGCUUGCGAAGCUGUUACUUGCCGCUAAGCGCUAUGACGAGUGCUGCGGUGUGGUUUCUUCCCACACACCAACACCGUCCGAUCCUGUUGUUCUUCGUUGUCUGCAGCUCUUUAACGGGGUCCGCUCAUCACCGCUAACGUACGGCAGGCUUUUGCAGGAAUAUAGGGAAGCUCACAAGCAUCACCGUGUGUUGGUGGAAUGCUAUGCCGUUCUUGCACUUUGCGUGAGUGGAAACUUUUGUGGUGCCUUCUCAGUAGUUCAGCAGCUAACGGCGCAGAAUUUCGGUAGACUUGAGAAGGAUGUUACUGUCUUCAGCGUCCUUGAAGAGGUACCUCACUUGAAAGCGUAUCUGCCACUCAUCCUCUGCGCUGUGGCCACUCCCGCCAGGGCGGUGGAGCUGGAAGCAGUCAUGGUUUCUCUUACUUGGUGUAUUAAAUUACCCAACGACACUGACCUAUUUAACCGACCGCUUUCGGCCCUGUGGGGAAGCGGGGCGGAUGAGCCCCGCGCUUGCGCAUUUCGUGUGGCUGUGUUUGUCCUGCAGCACUCAUUGGACCAUGACCUUCCUUCCUCAUGGGUUGUCAUGGAUGUUGUGGCAAGGAGUUUGGAAGAUUCAUCCAGACGUUCUGUGAUUCACAUGUUGUGUGAAUCAGCGGUGCGCCGCCUUGCCUUUGAUGCUGAGCAAAAUGGCACCGAAAGCGGACAACACGGAGUGCGACAAGGAAAGGGCCAGGAAGAAGUUAAUGUUGUGUUUCGAAGUUGUGCAACAGCGUUUGCUCGAAAGGGGCUAUGGGAACACGCUCUCGCUUCGAUACAGCACUGCGAGACUGUCGAUGCGGGAACCCUACUCAGUAUUAUCGUUUUCACAAAAGAGUUGCGGGAGCGGCGUUUGGCAACGGCCCAGCGCAUUGUUCUGGAGUUGGAAACAAGGAGGCGCAGUGAUGGUGACGAACCUGAAUACCCACCCGGCACGUCCGUGUCUAAGGGCCGCGUUGAGAGUGCACUGGUGGCGCUGACGGAGCUGCGGGCAUGGCGAGCAGCCCUCGUCUUAUUUAACUCUGAGGAAGCACAACUCUGUCUGCUGAGCAGUGGGGUUCGUAAAACUUCAAGCACUGUGGUGGGGUUACUUGUUUCUUGUGUCGCCGUUUCUGGUCCAUGGGAGUUAUCGUUGCGCCUGCUCGAAGCUGUGCAUUGUAAUAUCUUGCCAAGCUGCCCGCUAGUUGAGAAAGGUCUCACGGAUGUUCUCGGGGCGGUGGACAGUGGUAGUGGUGCUGCCAUGUGCAGCCAAGUACUUCUGUUCAUGGUGGAAAGAAUGGGCGUCGUACCGACAUCAGGGCAGUAUGGUCUGUUGUUGCGUUCAUGCCUUGAAGUCCGCUUGACAGUGGCGGAGCGGGAGCUGUGCGCCCGUACUUUGAAGCGCCUCAGUCGUUGUCUUAAUGAAAGGCAGGUCGUUGACCUUGUAGGGGCAAUUAGCACAUCUCGGCUGCCGUCAAAUCCGUGGAACGAGGAAGGUCAUCCCGGCACUUUGUAUUCUUUCCCAACAGGGUCCCUAUCAAAAAAAAGAGUGCAGCAGCUGGCGCCCGCGUUGGGUUGGAUGAGAGAGGACAGACCUUUUCUGAAUGACGGAGAGUUAAAUCAGCUAUGUGAAAUAGCUCCACUGGUUACUAUUCUCAAUGCACAGGAUAUGGAGAGGCUUUCACAGCAGUUCUUGGGUGGGCGCUUUGCUUCCUUUGAGCUUAUGCUCGUGCUUCAACACUACCGGCAGGAGUUAAUGGAGAUGUUUGAACAGAAUGGCGACGAUAGUGUGAAUGUAUCGUUGCUUGAGCACUGUAGGGGAUCUAGGCUGUUGCAUAUUAUGCUCGUACCUUACGAGCAGUUGUCACACAAUAUGAUUUGCAACGGUAAUGAAUCCAGUGCAAUGUCCUUCCUGCAGGAAGUUCGGUGGGGAGUGUUCCGUGGCUUUGCAUCGGUACGGACCGUUGCUGCGGUAUGGGAGGCGUGCCGCUCAUUAGUGUCGGACCUUGCUGCGGGUCGGUGGACCCGGUUGUGCGAGUGUGAAUUGCUGACAGAAGUGAGGCGGCGCCGCGGACGACCGCCAGUGUCUCUGAUCACACGGCCAGGCGCCACCCGCAGCGAAAUAGCAAAGUACUGGGCAACAUACGGCCGCAUUGUGUGGCCGGAGUUGUACUUUAGCGGGCCUGAAUUAUGCCAACUUGCCGUGUAUGUUCCUCUACUGGAGCCAUUACUUCGUAGAGAUCAAGAGCUGCGCGAACUCGUUUUCGGUAUCCACGCAUCACACUUUGCUUUCCACUCUAUACCAAGUGGGGAACUGUUGUUCAGGCGACCGCGGUCACCCGAAGCAAUCCGUGCGGUGAUUCAUCUGGUAUUUGGUAAGCUAAAACGUCUUCACUCUGAACUGGACGCCGAUAAACGAGGUGCACGUCGUUACUAUCGUCACACACCCGAUAUGGUGCUGUGGCAGCGCACGGAGCGUGCCAUACAAAAGCGGCAGGAGAGCGCAGACCAGUCAGCGAUGGGCGGCACGGUAGAAGAGCAAACGCCGAGGUGGUCGCUCGCAUUGCGCAUUUUGUACCACUAUCGACGUUCUACCAAAGUUACUCUUAAAGUAACCGCACUUGCUGCCUUAUUCUCAGCAUGUGCCGCGGACGUGGAGGGCGGUAACGUUCAAAUUUCUUGUCAGUCUCGAAAGCAAGGGAAACGACUGGGAGAAAUUUCGUGGUGGAUGCUAUCGAUUUAUUGUGCGCGGUUUGUUGAACCGAACCUAACUUUAACUAUGUGGCGCGAUGCGAUGAAGUUGGCAGUCCUGCCGUCCGUAUCCAAUCCACCGAAGACUCUGCUCACUAGCACAUAUGGGUUGGAGGACAUAAAUGAUAUAUCCCUGAGGGCCACAAUGCAAGUGCUGAUGUGCCAAGUAAAUGAUGCCAGUGGAAACGGGCGGGUGCCCUUCUCCACUUCGCUUCUUCUGGUUGAUCAACUGAAGGAGUCACUAUCUGCUCCACAUCACUUUCCAUCGUACUGUGUUUCUUUGGAUGUUUACCGUUGUUAUCGUCCCUUGGAGUGUGCGAGUAAGGGUGAGAGCGAUGCUCUUACCGUGUGGUCAUUGUUGCAGACCCAUCGCUGCUUGGAGAAAAUGGAACCGCUCCAUGCGAACUUAGUUCGGCGGAUGCUGUUGGGUGGGAAGGGUUUUGGGGAGACAGGGACUUGUAGUCGCUGCAGGAAGGGUAUUUAA